AUGGGUUAUGUUAACUUCAGGAAACAAAUUAAGAAGCUGAUGGUGACUACUAAUGCGGCACUUCCAUGCAAUAAUAGCAGCAGUGGGUAUUCUUUCGUACCUACAAUGGGGUUUUGUGUACUGGCUGAAUUUGUUCAGGCAGCGGCAACUGAUUAUGCCGAAACGGGAGCAGUUCUUGGUAUGUAUGAAGUUGGAGGUUUAAAGGAGUUUUUGGUUCCAGUUACAAGGCAGCAAUCACUUAAGAUGCUGGUGUUGGCUCGAAUGGAUUUGCAGAGAGCAUUUCAGUUUUUGCAGGAUGAGAUAAAGGAUUUCAUUGUUAAUCAUUAUCAGGCCAAGUUCAAUGGUGGUGACGUUCAUAUUGAUCCAGUUUUGUUUGAUAUUGAACAUGAGAUCAUUUCAGUUGCUGAGAGUGCUUAUAUGGAUGCUAUUCCGUCUUUGGAGGAAGUUAGAGUGGCGGUUUUUGACUUGGGAGCGGAUUCUGCGCCUGGCCCAGCUGGAUUCACAGGUUCUUUCUAUAGACAGUGUGGGGACAUUAUUUCUAGAGAUCUCUUUAAUGCCAUUGCAAACUGUUGGAUUGGUAUUGUGCUAAAUAAGUUGAUCUCGGAAGAGCAAGUGGCGUUUAUGAAGGGUAGAAACAUACAUGAGAAUAUAGCUUUGGCGUCUGAAUUGAUCAAUGAGAUUAAUACGGAAAGGAAUCAUGGGAAUGUUGGCCUCAAACUGGAUAUUUCUCAAGCUUUUGAAACGGUAAGUUGGGAUUUCAUAGAUGAAGUCUUUCGUCAAUAUGUCUUUUCUGAUUCUUGGUGCAUGUGGGUUCUUAAUAUCCUUAGCUCAGCUCGGAUUUCUGUCAUGAUUAAUGGCUGCCCUGAAGGUUAUUUCAGUAUUACUAGAGGUCUGCGUCAAGGUGAUCCUCUCUCACCUUUGAUAUUUGUUCUUAUUGAAGAUGGUUUAAGUCACAAUCUUUUCAAGUUGUUUGCAAAUCAUAGUAUGAAUGUUAUGGUUAGUAAAAAAGGUGUGGCGCCUACACACUUGCUUUUUGCGGAUGAUAUCCUUAUAUUCUGCAGAGGUAAUCUUCAUAAUUUGCAAAAUUUGAAGAAUAUGCUUGUUUUGUAUGAACAUGCGUUUGGCCAGUACGUAAACUAUGCAAAGAGCAAGUUUUGUUUUGGAGGUGAUAGAAUUUAUCGUGCUAUUGCUAUUUCUAACUAUUUGGGUAUGGAGAGAGCUAUGUUUCCAGAUAAAUACUUAGGUAUUCAAUUGAAGCCUGGUAUUUUUCGGCAUAUUCAUGUGAUUUCUAGCUAUGUUAUUCAUUCUAUGGCUGUUUACAAAUGUCCAUGCAAGGUUAUUAAGCAAGUUGAAAGGGCCAUUAGUAAUUUUCUUUGGUCCGGUGAUGCUGAGAAACGUAUAUAUUUUACGGUUCUAUAUGAUGAUCUAUGUCUCUCAAAGCGUGAAGGUGGUCUUGGCAUUAAGAAGUUAAAUGAUUUUAAUAGGGCUAUGCUAAUGAAGCUUUGGAUUUCUAUUCGGGAUUCAAACAAGAUUUGA